AUGGCAAUGGUAACUGAAUUCCUCAAGCAGGCCUGGUUUAUUGACAAUGAAGAGCAGGAAUACAUUAAAGCUGUGAAAGGAUCCAAAGGUGGUCCUGGGUCAUCAGUGAGCCCCUGUCCUAGCUUUGAUCCAUGCUCAGAUGUCGAGGCCUUGCAUAAAGCAAUCACAGCUAAAGGUGUGGAUGAAGCAACCAUCAUUGAAAUUCUAACUAAGAGAAACAAUGCCCAGCGUCAGCAGAUCAAAGCAGCCUAUCUCCAGGAAAAAGGAAAGCCCCUGGAUGAAGCUCUGAAGAAAGCCCUCACAGGUCACCUUGAGGAAGUUGCUUUGGCUCUGUUUAAACUCCAGCCCGGUUUUGAUGCUGAUGAGCUCCGUGAUGCCAUGAAGGCCCUUGGAACUGACGAAGACACUCUGAAUGAAAUUUUGGCAUCAAAGACUAACACAGAAAUCAGAGAAAUUAACAGAGUCUAUAGAGAAGAACUGAAGAGAGAUCUGGCUAAAGACAUCAUCUCAGACACAUCUGGAGAUUAUAAGACGGCUUUGCUUUCUCUUGCUAAGGGUGACCGAUGUGAGGAGCUUGCCGUAAAGGACGACUUGGUUGAUACGGAUGCCAGGGCCUUAUAUGAAGCAGGAGAAAGAAGAAAAGGGACAGAUGUUAAUGUGUUUAUCAACAUUCUUACCACCAGAAGCUAUCCCCAUCUUUGCAGAGUGUUUCAGAAGUACUGCAAGUACAGCAAGCAUGACAUGAGCAAAGUUCUGGACCUGGAGUUGAAAGGUGACAUCGAGAAAUGCCUCACAGUUAUUGUGAAGUGUGUCACAAGCAAAUCAAUUUUCUUUGCUGAGAAGCUUCAUCAGGCCAUGAAGGGUAUUGGAACUUGUCACAAGACACUGAUCAGGAUUAUGGUUUCCCGUUCUGAAAUCGACAUGAAUGACAUCAAAGCAUGCUAUCAGAAGUUGUAUGGCAUCUCUCUCUGCCAAGCCAUCCUGGAUAAAACCAAGGGAGAUUAUGAAAAAAUCCUGGUGUCUCUCUGUGGAGGAGACUAAACAUUCCUAUGAUGGUCUCAAGCUUUUUGAUCAGAAGACUUAUUAACUAUAUCUUUCCAUUCCAUAUCAUAGAUUUAAAUAGGAAAGUUUCUUCAACAGGAAUAUAGUCUAGUAACUCCUUCCUGAAAAGUAUAGCCUAUAAAUCAUUUUUUAUUCAACUCUAUAUAAUAGAGAUAAGUUUUUUAAAAAUAUAUUUACUCCAAAUUAUAAAGCCCCAUAAAGAGGUUGUUCUAGUUACAUUGCUUGAGAAAGAUGUUUAUGUCACAGAAAAUAAAAUGAUUUUACAGGGCAA